AUGGAUUGGAGGAAACUAUUCAAGAGUUCAGAAUCUCACGACCUUGAAUAUUUCCCCCCAAAUGUUCGUGAUGGAUCCCCGAUAGUGCUUCCCCCUCCAGAGAUACUUGAUGCUGGAAUCUCUGAGUGGAAACUAUCACUCGUGGGUCAGUUCAUUGGAGUCACGCCAAGCUUUGCCUCAGUUCAGAGAAUCGUCGAUAAUCUUUGGAGUAAAGCUUUGCUGGGUUCACGUGUUCAGGUCAGUUCCGCAGGUUCCAAUCUCUUUAUCUUCUCUUUUGAAAAUGAAUCUGCUAGAGAUUGGGUUGUUGAUAAUGGUCCUUGGCAUGUUCAUAAUAAGACCCUAAUUCUUAAGAAUUGGGAACCGAAUUCGCAAAGCCUUUGUUUUGAUUUAACUAAGAUUCCUAUCUGGGUUCAUCUAUACAAUAUUCCAUUAGAGCUUUUCUCCAGAGUAGGACUUAGCUACAUCUCUAGUGCAAUCGGUAAUCCUCUGUCGAUGGACUCUAUCACUGCUUCUAAAACUAGGCUUGAGUUUGCAAAAGUAUGUGUGGAAAUAGGUGUUAAUGAUGUCAUUCCAAAAUUCAUAGAAGUCGUCCUCAGAGAUGGACAUCAAACUUCAAUAACUGUUGAGGUUCCUUGGCAUCCUCUUUCUUGUAAGAAAUGCCGAGUAUUUGGGCAUAAUGAUAAGUCUUGUCAGCAAAGAACCACUCUAAAAGUCAAUUCUAGUCCUGCUCAAGUCUGGAAAAUGAAGGAAACUACUCCAAGUGCCAGUCAAGUAGGAGGUAUUGAAGUUCUGCAAGAACCAGUCUGUAAUGUCUCAGAAGGUAUUGAGGUCGGUAAUUUACAGGAGGAGAAGGGAGGUGCUAUCUCGAAUCAAGAUAAUUCCAAAGGAGGAGUUGCUAUAACCACUAGUGAUCUUCCUAAGGAUGCUGAUAUCUCUAUUCUCCAGGAGCAGUCUGAAACUCUUGUUAAUGAUAAGCUCGACCAUGUUGUCUCUGCUAUUACAGAGUCACAGCAUCAUCAGGAACUGGAUACUGCUGUUGCAGACCUUAUUAAUGCUACUAUUCCUUCCACCAGCUCAGUUCCUCAGUCUAAAAAGGGAAGAGGUAAACAUUUGAAGGAUACUGGCCAGGGCUCUCUAUCAGGAUCAAAAAACAAAUUUGAAGUGCUCAACUCCGUUGAUGAACUUCCUAAUUUAGAGAAUCAACCUCGAAAGCCUAGAGCAGCAUCAUUAGGAGUUGCUUGUUUAGUCAAGGAGCUAAAAUCAAAAAAGAAAAAUCAAAUUGACAAAUUUAAAAGUAUGUCUGUAGAAAGCCAAGGGGGGUCCUCUGGAUCGCCAAACUUAUGA